AUGUACCAGUGGUUUGCUACGACGCUGGUGUAUUAUGGAUUAAGCCUUGGCGCUGGCGAUCUCGGUGGCUCCCUCCUGAUGACAAACUUUAUCAACGGAGCAGUUGAGGUUCUUUGCUACAUUCUACUCCCGCUGUUUAUCGAUCACCCCAAAAUAGGAAGAAAAUAUGGAACUGUUUGGACAAUGUUGCUUGGAUCAGUCGGUUGCCUUUUGACCGCCGUUUUCGACUUCCUCCUCAUCGAUGAUCCCGAUAACGACGGCCUGUCGACGGCCAAAAUGAUCUGCGCCGUCGUUGGAAAAUUUGGCGUCGCCGGCACUUUUGGAAUCGUCUACGUCCACGCUUCGGAAAUGUACCCAACGCCGGUUAGAGGAGUUGGAGUGGGGCUGAGCUCUGCGGGAGGAAGAAUUGGAGGCAUAUUAGCGCCGAUUAUUAAUGGACUUGGAAAGACGACGAGUUGGCUCCCGUUUGUUAUUUUCGGAGCACUUGGGAUUGUGCAAGUUAUCACAGUCUUCUUCCUCCCUGAAACCCUUGGCGUCCCAAUGCUGACAACAAUCGAAGAAGCCGAAGAAUUCUACGCCAAUCCUGAUUCCUUCCGAAACAAGAGCAGUGAUUCUCAACCGACGGUUGAGACUUCCUCCUUGUCUUCCGCCGCUUCCGUCAAAAAAGUCGAUGUUGAAGCUGAGGACGAAGGAGUUGAAUUCUAG